AUGUUUUCUAGAUUCAACAAAGUCCUUGGAGUCCUCAAAUCUUUUGGAAGGCCUAUUAAAAGUGGCAAACAGGUUAGAAAGAUCCUCGGAAGUCUAUCUACAAUUUGGCAACCAAAGGUUAUCGCUCUAGAAUGUCAAGACCUGGACAAAAUCUCCUAUGAUGAACUCAGAGGCGACUUGAUUGCUUUUGAGAAAACUCAUCUCUAUAGACAAAUUCAAGAGAAAAAGAAAACCGUUUCUUUCAAUGCAACUAUGGCUGAACCUAAAAAUGAAGAUGAAGUAGAAGGAGGAGAACAAGAUGAAAACAUUGCAAUGCUCUCGCAAGUUAUGACCAACUUAAUGAGAAGAAACAAAAACUAUAGUAGAGGAAGCAUAGUAGGAAAGUACAAAAGAAGAAAACUUUUUGGAGCAUGGAGCAACGAAGAGGAAUUUGAUCAUGAAGAAAUUGCCAAUAUGUGUUUUAUGGAUCUUAGCGACAAUGAAGAACCAGAUAAACUUGCACUAAUGACAUACAACAAUGAAGAAGAAGAUGAUUCAAGAAGACCCUAUUCACCGUUGGAUGAAGGAACUAGUGAAGUACAUACUCAUUUAUGUCCAUCUUGUUAUAAACUUCAAGAAUUUGUUGAUAUUGCUCUUGCAGACAUUGAAAGAGUAGUAAAUGAACUCAGAAAAGUCAAAAUCAAAAGAGAAAGAGAAAGAGAAAAGAAGGACUGCGCCCUGAAACUAGAAAUAUGCGAAGUUGAAAGUGAUAUACAUCAAAAAGAAGUAAACGAACUCAGGCUUCAAUUGAAUGGAACAGAAUUAGAGCUGAGAAUAAUUCUAGAAAUGUCAACAACUCACCUUGCACCUACUGUGGCAAAAGAGGUCACGCCUCAAAUCAUUGCAGGUUCAAAAACAACAGGAGGUGGAUUUGGAGACCAAAAUCUUCAAAUCAAACUAAAAAAUCUAACCAGUCAGGACCCAAGCAGGCUUGGGUACCUAAAAAUAAGUAAUCAUGUCUUGCAAGAACACCACAAGAAGAAUCGAAAAGGAAAAUGGUAUCUCGACAGCGCGUGUUCCAGACAUAUGAAGGGUGACAAACAAUUAUUCAAAUCAAUCACCAAGCUAGAUGGAGAAACAAUUACAUUUGGUGACAAAUCCAAAGGAAAUGUUAUUAGUACUGGAAAGGAAAAAGAUCAUCAAACUAAGUCAGCUAAUCAACAAAAUCAACCAGUUGAAGCUCCUUCAGAAGAUCAUGACUUAUCUCCACCAAAUCAAUCGACUAACAUAUCUUCUGGGAAUACUCCAAAUGAAUGGAGGAACGAACCAGGAUAUCCUCGCAAAUUCAUUAUUGGAGAUCCACAAGAAGGAAUAACUACCAGGAGAUCACAAAAGAAUACGUCUCAUAUAGCUCUCAUUUCUCAAAUUGAGCCCAAGAAGAUUGAUGAAGCUCUAAAUAUUCUCAUUGGAUCAACGCUAUGA